CUUCCAUCAUCUAUCAAAGCAUAUAAUGAUGGAAAAGGUGUUCCAAUAGAAUAUACUCUUUAUCCACUGUCAGAACUCUCUAAAAUAUUAUCACAAAAUUUUUCAAUUAAUCGUGUGAUAAAAGAUUUAGACGAUGACACUAUUGAAAGAGUAGAUCGAACUUUUACUGAUUUAUUUAAGUCAAAACAAAAACUUUAUGAUUUAUAUAAUGAUGCAAAUUUGAUCUCUCACUUCAUACCUGAUAAGCUAUUUAAUGAAAUUAAUAAUUUCGUACAAAAUGUUAAUUCGGAAGAAACGAAAUUCAGACGUAAACUUUCAGAAUGUCUUAUAAAUAUACGAUCUGGUAAAAAAGAUAUAAAUAAACUUGAAGAUAUGAUCAAUGAAUUUCAACAAAGCGUCUUAUCAGAAACCUCAAUCACAUUAUUUAUUAAUAAACAUAAAUCAAUAUCUACGAAAGCAGAUCUAUUACCUAUUCUAAAGGCGAGAGGGAUAGAUUACCAUAAUAAAAAUUUAACUAUUAAUCAAAUUUUAUUAGAGCAUACAAGAAAACAUAUUUAUAUAUUUUACGAUACUGAUUAUAUUCUUAAUAUCGAUUCGCCAGUAUGGAAUGCAUUUUUAAAUAUAUCCAGUAUAAAUGAGGGGUCGAACAAGUUCUUUAUAGUAGAUCCUAUAUUGCUCACAGGGACAGACAGACCCAAUCAUCCAGUCAUUUAUCAUUAUAUUAACGGAUGUCUAGAUAGUAAAGAUUAUUAUAAUGAAAAUAAAAAGCUAUUCACAUCAAAUAUUAUUAAAUUUAACACUUUACCAUGCAUUAAACCGAACUAUAUUCCCAAUAAAAAAGACCGGCUGAUAGUACCUUGCCCCUGUUCGUUAAUGGAUGAUUGUUUACCCUUAAACCUUGAAUGGAUUUGUUUCAGAUGCUUACGUUAUAUAGAAUAUGGGUAUAACGAGCAUUUAUAUUGUAAAUGUGGGGAAAUCAAAAUCGAUCAUUGUAGAUUUAAAUGUAACAGUUCAUUUCAUAUUGGCGGUUAUAUCUCCUUUGACCAAACUAAAUUGGCUGACUAUUUACCAUUAGUAGCUCCACAAGAAGUAAUUAACAUAUUGUUGCUCGGUGAAACUGGAGCAGGAAAAUCCACAUUUAUAAACGCAUUUGCAAAUUAUUUUAAAUUUAAUAAUUUAGAUGAGGCAAUUUCUGAUGAAGACGAAAACGAUUAUAAUGUAGGUGAAUCAUCCACUAAAGAAUGUGGUGUUUACGUGUUUCAUGCAGGUGAAAAUCAAAUAAGAUUAAUCGAUACACCUGGAAUAGGAGAUACCAGAGGGAUUGAAUAUGAUAAAAGAAAUUUUGAAAAUAUUUUGAAGAAUAUAAGUCUGCAUGAAUAUCUGAAUGGGAUCUGCAUACUUCUUAAACCUAACAAUACACGACUGAAUAUGAUAUUUAAAUAUUGCAUGCAAGAACUAUUAUCACACCUUCAUAAAAGUGCUAAGGAUAAUAUUGUUUUUUGUUUUACUAAUACAAGAGAAACGUUCUUUCGCACAGGCGAUACAUUACCAGUAUUUCUUGCAGCAAUUAAAAAUAAUGUUUCAUACUCAGAGAAUACAAAGAAAAAUCAUGAACUUAGUUGGAACAACUCUGUAGAAGAAUCAAUAAGACUCCUUAAACAUAUUAUAAAUUGUACACCUCAUAAAAUAAUUGAUACUGUAUCGAUCAAUAAUGCCAGACAAACGGUGAUGAUUUUUUGCGAACCUCUCGCAAAGGUAAAUCAAAAUAUUCAAGAAAACAUAGCCAAAGUUAAAAAAUUAAAAGAAGAAAUACAAACAACUGAUUUAACCGAAGAGGAGCUUAGGAGCAAGCUGUAUGUUCCACAUAUAGAGCUUAAGAUAACACUAUUGAAACAACCAAGAAUUGUGUGUAAAAAUUGUAAAAUACAAAAAAUCGAUAUAACAAUGAGAUAUUGCCAUGUCAAAUGGAAAAUAUUGACCAAAUUUAUGCUAAAGUAUCAUGGAACUAUGAUGUUUGGGAAGUGUAAAUCAUGUGGCUGCUCCGCAAAGAGUCAUGAAGCAGUCUUCUAUGAGAGCAUAUCUGAAUAUUCAAAGAAAGUUGAUGAAACUAUAAAAAAUAAAAUUUUGGAAAAUAAAGAAAAUCAAAAUAAUAAGCAAGAUCAUAUAGGAAUUCUCCAAGACAAGAUCGACCAACUCAAAGAAGAACAGAGUAUAGUCGAUGAAAUUAUAAUCCAGUUUACACAAUUUCUAAUGCAAAAUGCAAUAGCUGUUUUCAAUGAUGCAUAUAUGGAAUAUCUUGACUAUAUUAUACAUCUUGAGAAAAAUAAAAAUAAUGAAGAUUAUAAUAACGAAAUUCUUGAAGGACUUGAAGAAACAAAAAGAAAAUAUGAUGAAAAGGUGAAAGUUAUUAAAAAGAUGAUUGAAAAUAAUGAUUCCUCUUCACACACACUCUCUUCUGAAGACAUAUUUAAACUUGAACAGAAAUUAUAUAACUUACCAGAUAUCGGUCAAUAUUUACAAGAUGUAAAAAAAGAAGAGAAAAAAGCAUUCAAGUAUCGAGAAAAACAUUAUGAACUUCCUAAUAGUGUGUUAAAAACUUUAAAACCAAAUUUUAAAAAUUAA